CACCCUUACAACCCCUUCUACCCAGACCUUUAUUUGAGGCUCAGGUCAGGCUGGACGGUGCGAGGUUUUCGGAUGGGAGUUCGGAAAUAGUGUUUAUCCGAGGGCAGCCGCCGCUCACAUUUCCACGACCUGCAUCGUGCCAGCACCAACAUCUCAAAUCGAACAUGCGAUGCCUGUCAAUUGCUGACCGACAACGCUUCAAUGUCAUUGAUUUUACCUCUUUUUAGAUCCCGUGAACGCACUCCAGGCACUAUGGCAUCGCAAGCCCGGGACGUGUCUCCUGCCGGAUCCCCAGCGCCGCCAGCGAGCGAAAGCACUGCGUUGACUGGGGAAGCGGCCAGCUACCCAGCCUACCCGCAAGUCGGGCUCACAGUCCCACACUAUGUUUAUGAUACCAUAAAGGCGACGCUUUAUUGUUCGAAGGCAAAUAUUCUCCUGGUUUUCAUUCCCCUCUCCAUCAUCGCUGCAGCCCGAGAAUGGAACCCCGUGGCUGUUUUUGCCCUCAGCUUUUUUGCCAUGUUCCCGCUCGCCGAGCUACUGUCCUGGUCAACGGAGCAGCUGUCAGCAAGUACAGGACAAGUAAUUGGAGGAUUGCUCAUGGCAGCCUUUGGUAACGCAGUAGAAAUGAUUGUCGGUAUCACUGCCUUGAGACAAGGGGAAUUCCGAAUUGUGCAGUCAAGCAUGGUGGGUAGUAUCCUAUCAGGAACUCUGCUGAUCCUGGGUAGCUGCCUUUUCGUCGCUGGCUAUAAAGAGAAGGAAGUGAAAUUCAACGUGGACUUGACCUCUAUCAUGUCUUCAUUGAUGAUCGUUGCAUCAGCAUCUCUCGUCAUUCCGUCAGCCAGCUACUUUGCAGACCUGCCGUCCAACAAUUUGGAACCCCACUUGGAACCGGCCUCCUACAUCUUGACCUUGUCCCACAUAGCGGCUAUCAUUCUCCUCGUCUUCUACUGUUUAUAUCUCUUUUUCCAACUCAAGACUCACGCUGAUAUUUUUGCCGAGUCCAACCAGGCAGAGCCGGAAGGAAGCCCUGAACUUGAUCCUUGGGCUGCUGGCUUUGUUCUUGUCCUCUCUACUAUCGGUGUUUCAGUCUGCUCAGAUUAUCUUGUAGACAGUGUCGACGGAUCCGUUGAGGAACUGGGGGUGAGCAGGGCAUUCAUCGGCCUUAUCCUCGUUCCAAUUGUAGGCAAUGCGGGCGAGUUCGUCGCAGUAGUCAACCAGGCGGGGAAGAAGAAUAUCGAUUUCGCUCUUGUAUUGAUUGUAGGGAGCACUUUGCAAAUUGCCCUGUUCGUUACUCCAUUUUUGAUCAUCUUGGGCUGGAUUAUUGGAAAGCCAAUGUCGUUACGUUUCGAUACAUUCCAGACGACGGUACUUUCUAUGUCGGUUAUAGUGGUGAACUGUCUAGUUCGAGGAGGGCGGAGCAACUACUUUGAGGGCUUUCUGUUGCUUGGCAUGUACUUUAUCAUUGCGAUAGCAUUCUAUGUUCAUCCAGACGUUGUUGAUACCCUAGAUGGCGAGGUGUUGAGGUCGCCUCGUCGUAGUCUGGGUGCGGCUGGCUUCAAGGCCAAGGAAAACAAGCACAAGUUUGCCUUCUCACCUGGGCAACUGGGCAGACUCGUAACCUCCGACAAAAGCUUGCCAGUGUUCUACGAGUUUGGUGGCCUGCCUCGCCUGGAAAAGGGAUUGCGAACAGAUCGACGUCGCGGCUUGAGCUCGGAAGAGACAGUUCUCGACGACUUUGUGUUCGAGGGCGCGAAUCAUAAUCCGGUACCAACGGAGACAGAGACGAGGGCUUCGACCGAAGAAGAAGCGCUGGCACCGGUUGCCAUCGCCAGACUGGCAUUAACAUGGACAACAUCAGGCAGGCUAUCUGGCGGGGCGUUUGCAGACAGAAAACGGGUGUUUCAGGACAAUACACUCCCUACCAAAAAGCUGCUGAGCAUAUUUCAGUUGAUGUGGAUGGCUUAUAACGACUUUGUUCUUUUCUUCUUAACUGCAGCAGCCGCAGUCUCGCUAGCCGUCGGAUUCUACCAGGCCUUCGGGACACCACGCACGCCGAGUAACCCACCGAUAGAGUGGGUGGAGGGAGUUGCAAUCCUCACGGCCAUUUUUAUUAUCGUGCUGGUUGGUUCUGUUAACGACUGGGAGAAAGAGCGUCAGUUUGCCCAGCUGAACAAGAAGCAGCAAGAUCGAACGGUGAAGGUCAUCAGGUCAGCGACGUCUCAAGUACUCCCUAUCUCCGACGUGCUUGUGGGCGACGUUGUAUACCUGGAGUCGGGAGAUGUGAUCCCUGCCGACGGGAUAUUCAUCAAUGGCUACAAUAUCAAAUGUGACGAGUCGUCGUCGACUGGCGAGUCACACCUCAUGCACAAGCAUGGUGCAGACGAAGUGUUCCAAGCCAUAGCUAUCCAGGAACAGGAAAAACAACCGGAACAAAGGGAGGCAAAUGCCCCCAAAACAGAGCUGGAUCCCUUUAUCUUUGCGGGAGCCAAGGUCGCCGAAGGCCUAGGGACCUUCCUCGUCACGGCAACUGGUGUGAACUCCUGCUAUGGCAAGAUCCUGCUAUCUCUCAAAGAGGAACCGAGCUUUACUCCCUUGCAAGUCAAGCUUAAGAAACUCGCCAAAGCCAUCGCUUGGUUUGGCUUCGCAGCAGCCCUGCUCUUGUUCGUCGUGCUAUUCAUCAAAUUCUUAGCACAGCUUCCACACAACUCACAUUCCCGUCCACAAAAGGGCCAAAACUUUCUCAACAUCCUAAUCAUAUCGCUCACCGUUCUCGUUAUAGCUGUCCCAGAAGGACUCCCUCUUGCAGUUACGCUUGCGCUGGCGUUCGCGUCCAACCGGAUGCUGAAGGACAAUAACCUUGUCCGACAGCUAAGGGCUUGUGAGAUCAUGGGCAACGUUACAAAUAUCUGCUCGGAUAAGACCGGGACGCUGACGCAGAAUAAGAUGAAGGUUGUCGCCGGGAUCGUCGGCUCGAGUCAGCUCUUCAAUGACAACCUCGGGGUGUCCCAGACCACCAUCGAUCUUGAAGCCGCAUCUCCACAGGAAAUCAGGGCAGCUUCUGCUGCUAUUUCGGAUCCCGUAGGUGGAUUCAUCGGAGGAGAUUUGAUCGACGACGUCAAGGAAAUGCUCAAACAGUCUAUCGUCGCCAACUCUACAGCCUUUGAAGGCCCGGGUGAGGGUGGCAUGAAAACCUUCAUUGGGUCGCAGACAGAGACAGCCCUUCUCAUUUUUGCUCGGGACCAUCUAGGAAUUGGACCCUUGAGCAUCGAGCGUUCGAAUAUAAAGAUUGUCCAAUUGAUCCCCUUUGAUGCGAAGCGCCAAUGCAUGGGCACCGUCGUCGAGCUCGACGGCUUGCAUAGACUAUAUGUCAAGGGUGCGUCCGAGGUAUUGCUGCGAAAGUGCACGAGAAGCAUGCAAUCUUCAACUGAGAAGGGGGUCUGGGAUACAGAGCUGACUACGGACGACGCUGCAUCUCUGAACCGGAUCAUCACUGGUUACGCGUCACAUUCACUUCGAACCAUUAGCCUAGUGUAUCGCGACUUUCAGCAAUGGCCGCCGCCUAGGGCCCGGAUCGUGGAUGAUGGGGAGGUCGUCUUCGAGGACAUCCUCAAGGAUCUAGUCUUCUUUGGCCUCGUUGGCAUCCGUGACCCACUCCGUGACGGUGCUCGAGAGGCGGUGCAGGCCUGUCUCAAGGCCGGUGCGAUUGUGCGCAUGGUCACAGGAGAUAAUAUUUUAACUGCCAAAGCGAUUGCGAAGGAAUGUGGUAUUCUCUCGCCUACACCUACGCCUGUGGCUAGUUGUAGUGACAUCGCCAUGGAAGGGGCCGAGUUCAGGUCUCUGAGUACAGAGGAGAGGGAUCGAAUCAUCCCGAAUCUCAAGGUCCUAGCAAGGUCUAGUCCAGACGAUAAACGGAUCUUAGUGAUGCGGCUGAAAGAGAUGGGAGAAAUAGUCGCAGUGACCGGGGAUGGGACCAAUGAUGCUCCUGCUCUCGCAGCGGCUGAUAUUGGCCUUUCAAUGGGUAUCUCCGGCACCGAGAUUGCACGAGAGUCCUCUUCUAUUGUCUUAUUGGACGAUAACUUUGCUUCGAUUGUCAAAGCUAUAAUGUGGGGUCGAGCAGUUAACGACGCGGUGAAGAAGUUCUUACAGUUUCAGAUCACAGUUAGCAUCACCUCUGUGGUGCUCACCAUGGUCUCCGCAAUAGCCAGCUCCACCGAGACAUCAGUCCUCACUGCCGUCCAAUUAAUGUGGAUCAACCUCUUCCAAGACACAAUGGCCGCUCUUGCACUCGCAACUGAUCCUCCUGCGCCCACGAUCCUAGAUAAGAAGCCCGAUCCCAGGGCAGCGGCGCUCAUCACCAUCCCGAUGUGGAAGAUGAUUUUUGGACAGAGCGCUUAUCAGUUGGCGGUUACGCUGAUACUCCAUUUCGGAGGCGCCACAAUUCUGAAUUAUCAUACGGAUCGAGAACUGGCACAGCUACAAACGAUAGUGUUCAAUGCGUACGUGUGGAUGAAUAUUUUCAAUAUGUAUAACAACCGUCGGAUCGACAACAAGUUCAAUAUCCUGGAGGGCUUGCACCGCAACUGGCUCUUCAUCACUAUCACCACGAUCAUGAUCGGCGUUCAGGUCCUAAUCAUCUUUAUUGGUGGGGAAACCUUUUCGGUAACGCGUCUCACCAGGGCCCAAUGGGCCAUUUCCGUUGUGCUAGGCGUGCUAUGUAUCCCCUUUGGCUUCUUCAUGAGCCUCUUAUCUGAUGAAUUAUUGGCCAAAUGGUUUCGGCCUGUCGAACGGGCUAUUGAGGCGUUAUUAGGCUUCAACACUUCCUCCCUUUGUCUUACAAUAGAGCCUGGUUACAAGCAUAUCGUUAUAAGCAUACCCCUCCGUACCCCUUUUCGUUUUGUGCAUAUGAAGGUUUUGUGUGAAAAUCAACCCAAAGGCCUCGAGGGGGGAUUAUCAUACUACCGUGUGGAUGAGCAAAUGAUCCACGGGGUUUGUGGCCAGUUUGGCGUUCAGUAUAUACGUAGUGGUGCAAAGUAA